CUCCCGUACGGCAAGAUGGCGGCGCGCGCCCGGCCGCCCGGCCGCCCGGCCCCCAGGCCGGGCCUCGGCGUGCCAGGGUUCCCCAGCACCAGGCGGGGCGCAGCCCGAGGCUCCAGGCGUCGAGGGUGGGCGGGGGCGCCCCGGGCCGGUGGCCCCGUACGGCAGCAUGGCGCGCCGGCCGGUCCGUACGGCAAGAUGGCCGCGCCGGCGGCCCGGGCGCACGGCGGGCUGACGCGCCCCCCCACCCCGGGGUCCCGCCGCCCGCCCGCGUCUGCUUCCGCCAGCCCAACGGGUCGCUGCCGAGGUCCCCGGAGCGAACGGCGCAGGCCGCCAGGGAGCCGAGCGCGCGGGCCCAGCCCUCGGCUUUGGGCCCCGCCGUACGCCAAGAUGGCGGACGUGCAAUUCCACCCUCACUUCCGGCCCCGCCCGCUCCCGCUAGGCCCGGAUUGGCCCCGGCAGCGGCCCGUCGCGUCGCGCUGCGGAACCGUCGGAGCGACGCCGCUCUCAGUCGGCGGCCGGAGAGGGAAGAUGGACGCAGCUACUCUGACCUACGACACUCUUCGAUUUGCCGAAUUUGAAGAUUUCCCGGAGACCUCAGAGCCUGUGUGGAUACUGGGUAGAAAAUACAGCAUUUCCACAGGUAUCAGCCAUGAAAAGGAUGAGAUCUUGUCCGACGUGGCGUCCAGACUUUGGUUUACAUACAGGAAAAACUUCCCAGCCAUUGGGGGGACCGGCCCCACCUCGGACACAGGCUGGGGCUGUAUGCUGCGGUGUGGACAGAUGAUCUUUGCCCAGGCCCUGGUGUGCCGGCAUUUAGGCCGAGAUUGGCGGUGGACGCAGCGGAAGAGGCAGCCGGACGGCUACUUCAGCGUGCUCAACGCGUUCAUCGACAGAAAGGACAGUUACUACUCCAUUCACCAGAUAGCACAAAUGGGAGUCGGCGAGGGCAAGUCCAUCGGCCAGUGGUACGGGCCCAACACGGUCGCCCAGGUGCUCAAGAAGCUUGCUGUCUUCGACACGUGGAGCGCCUUGGCAGUCCACGUAGCGAUGGACAACACGGUGGUGAUGGAGGACAUCAGAAGGUUGUGCAGGGGCGGUCUUCCGUGCGCGGGGGCCGCCGCGCUUCCUGCGGAUCCCGGCCGGCACUGUAACGGCUUCCCCGCGGGAGCCGAGGUCAGCAACAGGCUGGCACCGUGGAGACCCCUGGUGCUUCUCAUCCCCCUGCGCCUGGGGCUCACGGACAUCAACGAGGCCUACGUGGAGACUCUGAAGCACUGCUUCAUGAUGCCCCAGUCCCUGGGCGUGAUCGGAGGCAAGCCCAACAGCGCCCAUUACUUCAUCGGCUACGUCGGCGAGGAGCUCAUCUACCUGGACCCGCACACGACGCAGCCCGCGGUGGAGUUUGCGGACAGCUGCUUCAUCCCGGACGAGAGCUUCCACUGCCAGCACCCUCCGAGCAGGAUGGGCGUCAGGGAGCUCGACCCGUCCAUUGCCGUGGGGUUUUUCUGUCAGACCGAGGAGGACUUUGACGACUGGUGCCAGCGCGUCAGAAAGCUGUCGCUGCUCGGGGGCGCCCUGCCCAUGUUCGAGCUUGUGGAACAGCAGCCUUCCCACCUGGCCUGCCCCGACGUCCUGAACCUGUCCUUAGAUUCUUCUGACGUAGAGCGACUGGAAAGAUUCUUUGACUCAGAAGAUGAAGACUUUGAAAUCCUGUCUCUUUGAAAAUCCCGGAGCUGCGGGACGGUUUCCACUGGCCCUCACUGGGGGCACCUUCGAGAGCCCAGACCCACCCUGGGGCGCUUGGUGCCGCCGCAUUUCAUCCAUCCAGCCUGCCCGUCCGCUGAGCGCCCGCGCCCCGUGCCGCCUCUGCCCUCACACGGAGCCCCCCCGUGAGCCCUGCUGCUGCUCCGGCCCAGAGGGUCUGUCUGGGCGACAAGGCGCAAGCCAGGAGCCACCGAGGGAAGCCCAGCGCGGCCGGGCCGGGAGCCCCCGAGAGCAGGGCCCGUCACACUCGCGAGAGCUCUCCCUGCCACACUGCCGGCCCCGCGCUGGUGCGUCGCCUCUGCCUUGCUUCCUCCUGGGCGCUCGGUUCUGGGUUUGCUUUGGAAUUAAAAUCCUGUUUGAAGUCACAAGGACGUGAAUUUCUGUCCUGUCCGCCUCGGAAGACCUGCAGGGCAGGCGUGUGCGGCGGGACGCCUGUGGACUCAGCCUCGGCCCCUGCCUGCUCCGCGGCCUCCGCCCUGCCACCGUGCUUUCUCAAGGGCUACCUCGGGGGGAAACCGGGCCGGAAGAGUCAACGGCAAGGCUUCUCCUUGAUUUGGGAGGAAAAGUAGCAGAGUGGUGGGGCGUGGUGGAAAUCCAAAGAUGUCACCGUGCAUGUGACUCGCUAGGACAGGGACACGCCUCGGAGCUGCAGGUCACGCCCGAGUGGGGCGUGCCUUCCUCACGUCUCCUCUGUGGGUCCUGGCGUCGAAGACACCCCCCCCUCCCCCCGCCAUGCUGCUGCUUUCCCGUCGCCGGCUUCCCCUGGGUCGGAUCUGGGUCGGGGGGUGGGGAGAGGGCUGCCCUGGGGCCCCCAGGCCCUUCCUCCGGCUCCCUGUCCUUCUCGGGGUUGCCUCGUGGUGAGGUUUUAGGUGGUUUGGGGCCAGAGGGUAAAGCCUAAGGCUUGAUGGUGCGAGACUGGCGCCCCAUCCUUCUGCACCAGUUGGAGACGUCUCCAGACCCUUCUCGGCUCUAACGUCAGCACCUGUAGCCUUCAGCCCCCAUGUUCCGGGCUCAGACUGCGCCGGGCCCGCCGGGGCUUGCCAGGACGUGUCGCCAGGGCUCCGUGUCCCUGCUCGUGUGGGCCGUCUGUCCUGCACCCCAUCCGUGAGGUAGAGCCUGGGGAGCCGGGAGGGCUGGCUGCAACCCUCUGGACCACACAUGUGCCGCCGCUGCCGCGGGCUGGGGGCGCGGGGCGCUGCCGCAGCCCUGCCAUCGGUACGAACCGGGGGCGCGGGCGAUGGCCUGACCCACGGGGAGCUUUGUUUUGUGUGUUUUGAAAAAGGCUUACUGAAGAAAAUGUUCAUUCCUCGUAGCGUAGUUUGCAAUUCUUAAUGGCAAAUAAUAACCGUUUCAGUAGAAAACA